AGUUAAGUUGGUAAUUUUAUUUUAAGUUGGUACAUUGUAAACAUCAAAUUAACGAAGUGCAGCCAUUAUAUAUAUAUAUACAAUUAUUAUUUACAUGCGAGCGUCAGAUUUCCGGACCUGGCAAACCGGCGUCCAUUUCUCUUAUAGAAUGGAUGAACUCCCUUACUUCGAGGACGGCUACAACUUACAAAUGAAAACGUUCAACUUCAUUUUGUACAUAAUUCAUAAAACCCCAAUAGUCCAGCAGGUGUUCCACGAAUGGGUCGAACUGACGGCCCAGCAACGCGGCGCCAUGAACAUGGUCCUGUACGACGUCCCGGACGAGGGGCUCUACGGCUCCAUAAUAAGCGGCUUUGUUAUAUGGAGCCUGCUUCAGGACAUGGAAGGGGCGGUCGGUUACCACGAUGGCUACAACCCGAAUUACACGAUGGUGGCGGACGAACAAUUUGUUGUGACGAGGAGCUUAUUGAUCAUGAGGACGGUUAUGGCCGUCAUCAAGCUGAAGAUGAUAUUGUGUUUCGAGAUUGAAACGUUCAAUGUGAACGAUCUGCAGCCCCUGAACCGAAGAGAUCCUGCCGAGUCUAUGCCGAAGCUGAUCGACAUCGAAGAACUGGAGUUGCCCGAGAAGGAGGAGAAGGCAGACAAUUGGAAUUUUGGAGGUGGAGACAUGUAAUCACUGACGUCCUGUUUGUGGAUGUAACUAUAUAUUUUAAACAACAUCCACAUUCGCUGCAAUACUCAGUUUAGUUCAGACCCUUUCGAAUGAAAUUAUUGGGUCAAUAACUACUACAAAGUGCAAUUUGUUUUAAUCUGUACAAUUUUAAAAUACUGCAUGACAAGACAAAUAUAUAUUUACUCAACACAA